CCCGCCCAACCGGGACGCCCGCGACGCCAGGACUACGAGUACCGGCGCGGCGGCACCCGCAACAUCUUCCUGACCUGUGAGCCUUUGGCGGGCUGGCGCCACGUGGCGAUCACCGAACGGCGUACCAUGCAUGACUUCGCCCAUCAAAUGCAGUGGCUGGUGGAUGUAGCCUAUCCCCACGCUCCGGUGGUACGGGUGGUGCUUGACAAUCUGAACACCCACCGCAUGGCUUCUCUUUACGAGACCUUUCCGGCCGCUGAGGCUCGGCGCAUCGUGAAA